ACACAGUCCGAACCAACAACGACAUUCAUACAAAAUUAGCCAGCUAGCUGCUAAUUUAUUAAUUUUUUGUUAAUUUUGAGUAUUUGUAAUUUUAAACGGGACUACCAAGUAUCACAUAAGGAUGAUUGACAUGGAGAAGGGGACUGCAGCAGCAGAAGAUGAGGAGGAGGAGGCGGUUGCUGCAGAGCCCAGUAGUGAGAUCAAGGAAACGGAGAAGAAAAAGAGAUCCCGUGUCAAACAGCUCAUGGGUGAUGUGAAGAAGCAGGUGGAGUUCUGGUUUGGAGAUGUCAACCUUCACAAGGAUCGUUUUCUGAAGAAACUCAUCGAUGAGUCAGAUGAUGGAUAUGUGGAUUUAUCUGUGUUGGCGAGCUUUAAUCGAAUGAAAACGCUGACCACUGACACCAAGCUGAUUGCAAGGGCACUGAAAAAUUCAUCUGUGGUUGAGGUUAAUCUGAAGGGAACUAAAGUUAGACGUCAGCAUCCACUGGGAGAUGUACCACCUGAUGAAGACAGCCGUACAGUCUAUGUGGAACUUUUGCCAAAGGAUGUGACACACAGCUGGAUAGAAAGAGUGUUCACAAAAUGUGGGAAUGUGGUUUAUAUUAGCAUCCCAAGAUACAAGAGCACUGGUGACUCCAAAGGUUUUGCCUUUGUUGAAUUUGAGAAAGAGGAACAAGCGCAGAAAGCCAUAGAGAUGCUGAACAACCCUCCUGAAGAUGCACCCAGAAAGCCAGGCAUUUUCCCCAAGACCCUGAGCAGGAAGCCCAUACCUCUGCCAGCAGACAACCCGACAUCAGGAGAAGAAGAAGAGAAGAAAAGACGUAAGAAGAAGAAAAAGAAAGCUAGCACCUCAGCUCAGACCUCUGCAGAUGAAUCUAAAGAGCAAGUGAUGGAAGAAGAGCCUACAGAACAAAGGAAGAAAAGCUCAGCAGUUGAUCCAGAGGCCCCCAGCACUCAGAAAGCACUGGGAAAAGUGUCAGAGAAAAAAAGAAGGCGGUCUCAGACUGUAGAUGGGUCAGAAAGUGGACUACCAUCUAAAAUAAGAAAGACCAGUGAAAGUGAAACUGGAGAAGAGAGUGAUUUGACAAAGACUAGUCUAUCUAAAAGUAACAAGGAGGGGGGGGUUAAAGAAGGGAAGGAAAACAGAGAUGAUGCAACAGUUAAAGCAAAGAGAAAGAGAAAAAAGAAACAUAAGGAGAAACUAAAAAUCGGGGAGGAAGUCAUUCCACUCAGGGUUUUACCCAAGAAGGAGUGGCUUGACUUGAAGAAGGAGUACUUGACCUUGCAGAAACGCAGCAUGGCGUCGUUGAAGAAGUGCAUCAACAAGAUUGAUCACAAGAAGCACAAGAGCCUAAUGGAGACAGAAAAUGAUUCUCAAGGUGGAAACGUUGAGAAAGAUGACAAAGGUGAAAAGGCAACAAAACAAGGGCCCCAGUUUAUCAGCGGUGUCAUCAUGAAGAUCACAGACAACAAGCCGCUACCUGGGAGAAAAUUCCUCAAAGAUGCACUGUGUAAAAUAUCACCUGUGGCGUACGUCGAUAUCAUCGACGGGGACACUGACGGCCAUAUCCGCUUUCACACCCCUGAGGACGUCAAAGCUGUUAGCAACGCCAGGGCACAGCUACAGAAAGAGCACAGCUGGAAACUAGAGAUACUCUCAGGUGACCAUGAACAGCGAUACUGGCAGAAAAUCCUGGUCGACCGCCAAGGCAAGCUGAAUCGUCCGAGGGAAAAGAAGCGGGGAACAGAGAAGCUUAUAUCCAAAGCAGAGAAAAUCAUCAUUGCUCGCGCUAAAGAGGCUAAUAAACACAUCCGCUUCCAAGAAGACUAAUAACCAGAGUCCAUGAAUUUCACCGAGGUCUUUGUACGGUAUGAAGAGAAAAGGGCAUUUGUUUUCAAUGUGUACUCAGCUGGAAGAGAACUGAAUAUAAACCUAAUUAAUUGGAAACACAAAAACUAGAAAGUGUUUUUUAUUUUUUUUGUUUGCUCUGGAGCAUCUAAGAUAAUGAGGAUUGCUGCUAUGCAUAAUGAUAUUUUGGCAACGUUUUUUAAAAUUUAAAAUUUUGGGGUUUUUUAGAAGAAAUAGUCAGCCUGUAUAUGAUGUAAAUAUAAUUGUUUUUAAGUUCUCCCAGUUAAGAUGUGGAAAAAUGUCAUUCUGUUCUUUGUAAUAAAACCUAUUUUUUUCAUGA